AUGACCAUGACUCAAAUUGCACCUGAGCAUAGCCAAGAUGAUUCGACAUUAGCAUCCAGAUACAAAUUAUUAUCUCCAGCACCUCAUCAUCCAGCAGCGAGCAAUACAAAUCAUCGGUCGCUCGAUUCAAUAUCUCCAGCUCCAAGCAGUAGACCAAAACUUCAUACUAUUCACAGCUCAGAUACAUCUCGGUUCCCAACAUUGGAGAGGCUGGAGAACUCGAUGAUGUUAUCUAAGAAUUCAAAAAUUACAAUUGAGCCUGUUACAUUUCCAGGAGACCAUACCAGUAGCGGAAGCAAUAACAACAAUAUGACUAGAUCAAAUGGGUCACAGAGCGAUUUGAAGAGCAUGCAUUCGACCACCAGCAAUCACAAGAAGAGAAAUCAGUACAGAAAGAAAAAGAACCAUCACUCAACACCAACAGAGAUCUUUGCAAAGAACCUCAGUGAAGCAGUACUCGGUGUAGAUGAUUCGUUUGAAGAUGGCUAUGUCUACAAUACAAAAGGAGGCUUAUAUCCUUCACUUUCACCUCCAAUUCCAUUUGAAUCCAAAAGUAACCAUCGCUCAGCUACAAGUAGUAAUGAUGAAGCCAACAGCUAUUUCUCGGACCAUUACAAACAAAAGUUCAGAAGACCUGGACUUCGGUCAACAGUAUCCGAAUUGCCUGCAAGAGGAGUCAAAUCAGUCUAUUUGGACUCCAUGUCUUCCAAAUUUGAGAAGCAAAAGUUUCGUAAUUCACAUUUUCGAUGUUCAUCAUCAUCUGGAGAGGAAGGAGAAGAGGAAAAUGUGUCGCUAUUAUACUACUCUUCAUCGAGUUCAAAUACGAGGCGUAAACGAUUGUAUGAGAACAGGAGGAAAAAAUCAAGAAAACUAUUUGCAAUGUCAGUCUGUUGUGGUUGGCUAUCUAUCAUCAGUUGUAUUUGUACAAUCAUAUGCCUCUCUCUAGUAUUUUUAGCUAGUCCAUUACAAUCAGUGGAAGCCAUCACAUUCAGCAAUGUGCUGGGAACUCAAAAGCAAUUGAUUUUUAAUUUUCAUGCAAGAGCACGCAAUUCAAAUGCAUGGAAAAUUCAGAUAGCACACGCAGCUAUCAGUGUUUUUGCAGCAAGUCAUUUCGUUCCAACGUCAGGCAUGAUGAAUGAGACUAGUAGUAGUGUUAGUAGUAAGACGAGACAAGAAUACCUUGCCACUAUCAAUAAGCUGGAUGAUCCCUUGAUCUUUGAGGCAUCACCACUAUUUUAUUUUAGAUCAAAAUCGAGUGUUUCAACAAGCCAAAUUCAGAUCAAGAAUCCAGGUGAAACAAAAGGAGAUACUAGUGGGAAUGAGAGAUGGUCAUUACUAAUAAGAUACCCCUAUGAAUUGACGUUAAGAGGUGUUUUGAAGUACCAGCUAUUCCCUUAUAUCAGCAGCAAGACUUACUCGGCAAGAGUGUGCAAAAUAAUGCAGGUUGAUCCAGCCACUGGUAGUAUCAAAGAAGUCCCACUACCCGAACAGUCUAUUUGCGAUGAAGCUUGA